AUGCAAAUCCUUUGGAACGGGGUCCCGGGGGAGGACUUUCGGCCGUCCAGAGGGGUCAGACAGAGCGAACGAAUUUCUCUGUAUUUAUUUGUUCUUUGCAUUGAACGCCUAGCUCACAACAUUCAACGAGCUAUAAACGACGGUGCGUGGAGACUGUUCACUGUAGGCGUGGUAGAGUGCAAGUUCCGUAUUUACUGUUUUCGGAUGAUCUACUUUUAUUCCUUGAAGCUUUGGUCGAUCAGGCGUACGGUUCGGGAGGUCCUAGCCAAUUUCUGCCACGACUCUGGUCUGCGGGUAAGUGAGCCCAAGACCACCAUCUUACUUUCUAAGAAUGUCCAUCAUGUUGAUUGCCAUUUGCUCUCGACUAUGUUGGGGUUCACGAGGGUGGAGGACCUUGGCUAUUAUUUGGGUGUAUCGAUCCUCUAUAGCAGGGUCAAGCGACAAAAUUAUGAUAGAAUUCUCGAAAGGGCCGAGACUCGCCUAUCGGGCUGGAAGGCGGCGUCGUUAUCUUUGGCGGGGAGGGUCGUCUUAACUCAAGCUGUGCUGAGCACGCUCCCUUAUUAUACAAUGCAGUCAAUACGCUUGCCCAACUCCAUUUGCGAGGGUUUGGAACAAUGUUGUCGGCGUUUUCUCUGGGAGGCUCCUCUGAAAAACGCAAAAUUAGCCUAG